UGAAAAAAAAAAACAAUUCGUUGUCUAUCUCCUCCCUCAACCCCAGAAGAUAAACAGUCUCCUCAUCUUCUUUGAGCAAAAAUGGAAGUCGCUCUUCUCUCCUUCUCUUCUUCCUUGUCUCCUCUCUGCCACAACCGAACUUUAACCUUACAACCCAGAAUCUCCAAAUCUUCAAACCACCCUCGUCUCCCGGUCAUCAGAUCCGCCGUGUCUCGUACCAAAAAGGAAGAAACCGUCGAGACCGUCAAGUCCCAUCUCGAGAACUGCCACCUCCUCGCCGCCAUCAACUACAAAGGCCUCACCGUGAAGCAGUUCCAAGACCUCCGGAGAACUCUCCCCGACACGACAAAGCUCGUCGUCGCCAAGAACACUUUGGUCAUCAAGGCCAUCGAAGGCACCAAAUGGGAAGCUCUCAAGCCUUGUAUGAAAGGCAUGAAUGCUUGGCUCUUUGUCCAAACCGAUGAAAUCCCUUCCGCCAUCAAACCCUACCGGACUUUCCAGAAGGAGCGCAAGCUCGAAGACAAUGACUUUGCCGGUGCCGUCUUCGAAGGUAAGUUUUACGCUCCCGACAAUUUCAAGGCUCUCGAGACCAUGCCUACUCGCGCUGAGAUCUACGCUAAGAUGCUCGGAGCUCUGCAAAGUCCGGCCAUUAAUCUCGUCUCUACUUUACAAGCACCGGCGAUUGAAGUUAUCAUGGUGCUCAAGGCUUAUGUCAAGAAGUUGGAAGACGAGAGUAAUGCAUAGUUGAAGUAAAAGCUGUACUAAAUCUCAGAAGAGAAUGUAAUGUACCCGCAAAGCAAUUCAAUUUUUUGUUUAAGACUCGAGCAGCAACUAUUAUUACAGGCAUUGGGUUUUAUUGAAAUGUU